AUGUCAGCCAAGCCCUGUGCAGCCUCUGGAAGCGUCUCCUUUCUACUGACAGCUUGUCCUUUCAGUCCCCACUCUCCAGCUGCAAACCCCAGGAAGGUGCUUCCCCGGGAUUUGUCACCUCCCGCGGAGGAACCCAGGGAGCACAGGGUCCCAAAGCCCGCCGGCGCUCGCAAUGCGGGGUCCGGGAGGCCCCGCCCCCGGCCCCGCCCCCUGCCCAGCCCUCCCUCGCCCAGUUCGCGGCUCGCGCGGCGGCGGCGGCGGCCACGGUCGCGGGCGCAGAGCGGUUCCGCCGGACGCGACGGGACGGGCGCCCGCGGAGAUUGGCCGGGUACCUCCCGCCCGACGCGCGGAGAGGGCGAGGGACAUUCCACCAAAAUUGGGGCCGCGGUCGCUCCAGCGAGACAGGAACCAGGUGAUGAAAUGGUCUCAGCCCAGGUGAACCCUCCUCCCACGUGUUCUCAGAGCCCACUCCUUGUUGGCGGGACUUCGGCUGCAGGCCGCGCGCGCGCUGCGCACUUGACUGUGGGAAGAUGAGUGCCUGCGGGGAGGAAGGCCCUGACCCUGCUGAGCAGCGUCUUUGCCGUCUGUGGCCUGGGG